GGAUCUCUUUUUAUGUAUGCUGGGCAUGAAGGUGGAGCAUAUGCCAAGAAUAGCUUCGGGAAUAUCUAUACUGCUGUUGGUGUUUUUGUUCUUGGACGGAUGUUUUGUGAGGCAUGGGGUACUCAAGCAAGCAAGAAGCAAGCAGAGUUCAAUGAGUUUCUUGAGCGCAGUCGCAUGUGCAUAUCAAUGGAGUUGGUCACAGCGGUUUUGGGGGACCAUGGACAACGCCCACGAGAUGAUUAUGCGGUUGUGACUGCAAAGUUGUGUCGUCUUUAUUGA